UGAUUAAGCAUCUAAUUUAAAAUAUUAAGCAAAUCACAGUAGUACAAUAUUGCAGUAUUGAGUAAUUGUACUUUGUAAUUAUCUAUAAUGUUAUGAAUAUUAAUUUUACAAAUAUUUUUUAAAUUGUUAUACAUUUUCUAUCAAUAGAUAUUUUUUAUUUUUACUGCUGAAUUGUUUACAUUGUGAUAAUUUGUCCACUCUUCAAUGGCUCUUACUGUUAGCAAAUAACAAAAAAAACCUUAUUAAUUGAUUAAUAUAUAGUUAUUAUGUUAGUAUGAUGAAGUCCCACCAAGAAAUCGUCCGUAUUUACUUUAAAUAUUUAACACAAACUAAUUUUGACAAAGCAAAGGAUUUUAUGGUAAUUUUUUAAGUCACAUUAAAAACAAUUUGAAGUAUUUUUAAUUAUUGGUUUGGAUUUUAGGAGAGACAGCGUUCAGUGUUAUUAAGCAGUGUUUGGCCUAAGCCAUUAUUUAAUAUAUUAUGCGAUUUUGCUGUGGCCGAAAAGAAUUAUUCUGAUACUAAUUUUGAACCAGAAAAAAAUAAAUUGGUUGCACGAAAAGAAGAUGAGGUAGGAAAUAGAUUUUUCAAAUUAUAUUUCAUGUACUUUUAUGGUACUUGGAUUUCAUAUUUAUUUUUAUUUCAGAACUAUCUGGAUUUUGUAUACAAAACACUAUUUCAAGACCUUGGACUACUCCAAGAAGAAGUUGAAGAUAAUUAUAUUUUAGAAUUUAUUACUUCACUUUCAAAAUUUAUAUCUAUUAGAAUUAAACUUCUUGAGUUUUAUGAUAAAUUAUAUGAAGUUGGAUCAUCAUACAGUAAUAUUGAUUUUAAAGAGUUGGCAGAGACCAUUGAACAAAUUCAAAGUGAAGUUGUUAUUCCAUCAGCUAUUGAUGGAGCAAUGCAAAUUUUAGAGUAAAUUAAAAUUUUAAUACUACGAGGAUAUUGGCGUGAAAUUUUAGGUUUUGUUUUACUACACUCACACAUAACAAUUCAAUUUUUAGAUUUAAAAUUUUUUGGCUGAAUAGAGUGAACAUUAUCCUCUACACAAUUAACCCAGGAGAUAAUUUGCUAAUAUUUAUAAGUACCUAGCUAUUUUAUGUUUAUUGUUAAAACUUCAAAAUUCAAAAUUAAUUACAAUUGACUCAUCACAUUCCCUCAUGUUAUACUCCAAUAAAAUUAACAGUACUUGAUAAAUAUUUUCAUUAAAUAUGUCUUUCCACAUAGAUAUUUAAAACUUGACUAUUUAACACGUCUUUUAAAACAGCCAUUUAAAUUAAUUUAAUUGAUGGUAAUAUUAUCUCUCAGAUUUUUGAUAGGAAAAAAAUUAUUUUAAGUUAUACUAAUUCUCAGUAAUAUAUUCCACAAGAUUAUCUACAGGUUAAAAAUAAAAAAAAUAUUUCGCUGACAUUUUCAUUACAUUUUUUGUUUUUACACAGUAUAUAUUUUUUCAGGUAUGAACUUGAUUCCAUGAAACAUUUAUUUUAUUGCCAUUGGCAUUUGGAGAAUUGGUUGUAUAUAGAAUCAGUGCUAAGCUUAAAAAGAGGAAGUGAUGCAAUCAUCAUGUGGGAAAAAUGUUAUGAAAACAAAGAGGUGACAAAAGUUUCAGAUAUUUGUAUACAUAUUGUAGCAUAUUUCAUAUGCUUGAAAUUGAUUUUAUUAUUAUUAUUAUUUUUACAUAAGUAGAUCAACAUGUUUUCUAUAGAAAAUUUAUUCAUUAUCAACUUCAUUCUAAAAUUUACAAUAAGUGAUAUUUUGUUUGUGUUUAAAGAGUUGGAAAUUUGGCUCAUUAUUUAUGAGUAAAAACCCUUUACCUCGGUUGGUUUUGUGGUUCAAAAAAUUUAAACUCAUGACAGUCUCAAAAUUUACAUUAUAUUUUUAUAAAGUUCUUUUAGAAUUCACAACAUACCAUGACAUGAGAUAUUUUUGUAAUAAUUACAAUUUAAAUUUGUUUACUAAGUAAGUAUAACAUAAUUAAAACUUUAAUAAGUUUAAACUUUCACUGAUUUGUUGGUAUAUUUUUAGAAUGCAACUAUUGCAUAAAAAAUCAGAAGCUCAAUCUGUGAUGUUGGUAUUUGAUACAUCAGAACUUACUAAUUAUAAAGGACCUGGUUAUUGGAGUCCAAGUAGAGAUAUAGUGGACCCAGAUAUUAAAUAUCAAAUAAUGUUAAGUUUUCCAAAGGUAUAAGAUUGUUAUGAGUUUAUUAAAAUGUAUAAAUUAUUAAUAUAAUUUUGUUAUAGGUUCCAAUUAAAUUAGAUGUGUUGGAGAAGUUAAUAUCAGAAAAUAAUGAAGAUGAAUUCUCAAUGAAUAAAAGUUCAAUCAUUUACAUCGGAAAAGUAUGUAUUUAUAAUAAAUACAAUUUAGUAUCAUAUUUUUCCUUAGUGGUGUUAUAAUAGAUUAAAAUAACAUAAAGAGCAUCAAAUAUAUUGUUUAUAUAUAAAAAAAUUCAUACUGAUGGAUGUGCUAUUGUUGUAGGAGGGAAGUUGGAAAGGUAGGAUAUAUAAAGUUUUUUAAUAUAUAUUUGUAUGCAGCAAUAAAUCAUUGCAAUUUGUAUUUCAUCAUUGCUGAUGAAAUACAAAUGUCAGCAUAGUUCGAUUAAAAAUUUUUUGAAAUGUCAUUAUUUUUAUUAUAAACCAAAAAUGAGAUAAAUUGAAAACUAAAAAAAAUUAAAUUAUACAUUUUUCUUCAAAAUGAGAAUUGAGAAAAACAAAGAAAAUCUUUUCAACGCACCUACCAGGUCCAAAAUGCUACAAAAAACCAUCUCGUCAUUUUUGAUUGGAGUAAUAUUUGUAGAAAAGUGGUUUACAAACUGAAAAAAUAAUAAUUGCACAUAUAGUAAAACUAAUACUUACAUUUUUUGCUCUGCUCAGGAUAAAAAAAAAAAUGUUAUUUGAAUUCACCUUAAACUUAUUAAUUUUGUAUAAGUUAUAUAAUAUUUUAUCCUUCACAAAACAAAUGGAAUUUUAUUAAACUAAUAUUAAUUCAAUAUAUAUAUAUAUUCUUAUUGAAACAAUUGUAUUUACAUGUUUUAAUUAAAAAAACUUGUUUUUUGUUUUCUCAGGCCGCUUAUUUAAUAAUGAGAGUCGAUACAAGGAUAACAUUUAUAAUUUUUUAUAAUUCCAAACCUAAAAAUGAAGAGAAAGAAAAAUCUAAUACAUUUGAGUUUAUUUCACAAUUGCGAUGUCAUAGACUUUUUCCUUUGAUUAAUAGGUAAAACAACAAUUAUUUUGACAAAUAUAUAUAUAUAUAUUUUUUUUUUAAUAUUAAUUUUCUAAGUUUUAGUUGAUCUUUGACCUUAUAUAAAGUGAUUAAGAUAUUCUUCAGCACUCUAUUUUUAUUUUUUACCAUGGGAUACAUAGCCGUUUGAAUUUAGCCACUCUGUCACCCAUAAAUUAUUAAUAUUUCAUAGUAUUCAAGUUAAAUGUAUUACUAUUAGGCUUAAGUCAUGAUCAGUAAUUCAGAGAUAUUUAAAAUACCUUUUCACAAAAAAUAUUAAAAAUAGAUUUAAUAAUGAAUAAAAUAGAUAGUACCAAUUUAAUUUUAUUAAUCUUUGUAACUUCUCUUGUUACCUAAUAGUAAAAUUGUAAGGAUGAUUAAUGUUUUAUAAUUAUUUAAUCACAUUUCAUUUAUUAAAAUAUAAAAUGCUCAUACUAUUAAUACAUUUAUCUUAAGUUUGCACUAUAUUAUGGUCAUUUUAAUGUUUUAUGUAUACAUUUUCAUUGUAUUAUGAUUAGAGACUGGGUGUAACUUGGAGUCUUAUAGGUAUUGAAAUAAUUAACGUAUUAUUGUUUUGCAUAAUAUUCUGUUAUAAUUAUUUUCCUUUUCAAAAUACCAAUAUUUUUAUGAAAUGCCAAACAAAUUUUAAUGAUUUUAUUAACAUAGCUAAAUCUUAAGUCUUAUUUUAAUCAACACAAGUAUAAUUUAAAUCUAUAACAAUGUGAAGAAUCAUUAUAUAGCACAUAUUUGUGUAUCCUAAGUAAUUUUUUUUUUUCUGAAUUCAAUAUGAUUGUACCCCUGAUUAUUCUAGUUAGGUAGUUAUUGUUUGUUUUUCUAUAUAAAGCAUAAUACUCAUAUUUAAUUUGUGUUGGGUGAUGAUGGUAAUUUAUUUUUUUAAUAUGAAAUAGAAAUAAAUCAUUAUUUUUUGAAAAACAAAACUCAUUGUAUAAUAUAUUCUCAACAUAAUUUUAUGUUAUUCAGUAAUUUGCAGUUAAGUUUGAAAAGCAGUUUUUAAAAAUCGUCAUUGUAAUAAAGUUGUUAAAUAAAUUAUAAGUAUUCAGUUAUUAAAAUUACCAGAUUUAAAUUACACAAAUAGUAUUGAAUACAUUUAAUUUUUAAUUUUAUUAAAAAUGUUGUUUAUACUUUUAUUUUAAAAUUGUUUAGAUAUUUGUUCAUAAUUUGAUUAAGCUAUAUAUGUAAUAAUUUUAUUUUGGUUUGUUUUUCCAGUAGUAAUUAUUUAGUGCAUUAAGAAAAACCACCAAUAACAAUUGAAGAAUGAUCUGUUUUUAGUACAUAUUAUUUGUUUUAAAUUUGUAUCAACUACCCUAAAAUUGCAGGAUGGAUAUUUUUAAGCAAUUAAAUGUGCCAAAAACUAUUUUCCGAAGGAAGAAACCAUACUCCAGCUGAUAACUUUUUUUGUUCUACUCAGACUAAAAUGUUUUUAAAUUUAUAUCCUUGUUUUAAAUAUAUUGUUUAUUAUUAAGGUUAUCUUAAUAAGGUUAUACCUUAUAUCUUAAUUAGAUAUUGGAUGCAUGCAGUUGGACUGAUUAUAUGAAUUGUAUUUUUUUUUGUGUGUUUUAUAUCUUGAGUUUUUAAAUAUCUAUCUGUUAGCUGUUUAAACUAAAUUAAUAAAUUUAAUCAAAUGCAAUUGAA